GGGCUGCUGGGAAGAUGGCGGACUCGGUGGCCCCCUGAUGAGGAGGCCGCGGGGGGAGCUCGGCCCCCGGGCCCCGAGACCGACCGAGGGAGCGAUCUGCGCGGGGCCUGGGGAGCCAUGUAGGGGUGGUGCCUGCGGGGCGGGCCGCGGGAGGGCGGCGGGAGUUGGUGUUGGCGACCGUGCCCACGGUCUCCUGGCAUCCCCGGGCCGGGUGGGCGUUGGGGGAGGGCCCUGACACCGCCGACUCCGCGCCAUGGCAAAGCUGAGCCCUCGGGCUCCACGGGCGCCCUCCAAGGUGGGCCCUGCGUUCUCGUUUCACGGGCGAGGAGACUUGGGCAGAGAGACGAAGCCACUUGUCCAAGGUCACGCAGCUGGGUCUCCAUCACCCAACUCCAUGCUUCGAGUCCUGCUAUCUGCCCAGGCCUCCAGUGCUCGGCUGUCUGGCCUGCUGCUGCUCCCACCAGUACAGCCCUACUGUCUGGGGCCCAACAAAUGGGGAGACCGGCCUCCUGGAGGAGCCCCCCAUGCAGGCCCUGUGCAGGGGUUGCAGCGGCUUCUGGAACAGGCGAGGAGCCCUGGGGAGCUGCUGCGCUGGCUGGGCCAGAACCCCACCAAGGUGCGCGCCCACCACUACCCUGUGGCACUCCGUCGCCUGGGCCAGCUCUUGGGGUCUCAGCCACGACCCCCUCCUGUGGAGCAGGCCACACUUCAGGACUUGAGUCAGCUCAUCAUCCGAAACUGCCCCUCCUUUGACAUUCACACCAUCCACGUGUGUCUGCACCUUGCAGUCUUACUUGGCUUCCCAUCAGAUGGGCCCCUGGUGUGUGCCCUGGAGCAGGAGCAAAGGUUCCGCCUCCCUCCGAAGCCACCUCCCCCUCUGCAGCCUGUCCUUCGCGGUGGGCUAAGGUUGGAAGCUGCUCUCAGCUGCCCCCGCUUCCAGCGGCAUCCACAGCAUCACCUCAUCCGCAGCCUGGCAGAGGCCAGGCCAGAGGAACUGACGCCCCACGUGAUGGUGCUCCUGGCCCAGCACUUGGCCCGCCACCGGUUGCGGGAGCCCCAGCUUCUGGAAGCCAUUGCCCACUUCCUGGUGGCCCAGGAAACCCAGCUCAACAGCAAGGUGGUACAGAAGUUGGUCCUGCCCUUUGGGCGACUGAACUACCUGCCUCUGGAAGAGCAGUUCAUGCCCUGCCUUGAGAGGAUCCUGGCUCGGGAAGCAGGGGUGGCCCCCCUGGCAACUGUCAACAUCUUGAUGUCACUGUGCCAGCUGCGGUGCCUGCCCUUCCGAGCCCUGCACUUUGUUUUUUCCCCAGGUUUCAUCAGCCACAUCAGUGGCACCCCUCACGCCCUGAUUGUGCGGCGCUACCUCUCCCUGCUAGACACGGCCGUGGAGCUGGAGCUCCCAGGAUAUCGGGGUCCCCGCCUUCCCCGAAGGCAACAAGUGCCCAUCUUCCCCCAGCCACUCAUCACCGACCGUGCCCGUUGCAAGUACAGUCACAAGGAUAUAGUAGCCGAGGGGCUGCGCCAGCUGCUGGGGGAGGAGAAGUAUCGGCAGGACCUGACCGUGCCUCCAGGCUACUGCACAGACUUCCUGCUCUGUGUCAGCAGCUCUGGUGCUGUGCUCCCCGUGAGAACCCAGGACCCCUUCCUACCGUAUCCUCCCCGGUCCUGUCCCUACACAACCCGUGACCCUGCCCAAAGGGUGGUACUGAUGCUGCGGGAACGGUGGCAUUUCUGCCGGGAUGGCAGAGUGCUGCUGGGCUCACGGGCUCUGCGGGAGCGGCAUCUGGGCCUGAUGGGCUACCAGCUCCUACCGCUACCCUUCGAGGAACUGGAGUCACAGAGAGGCCUGCCCCAGCUCAAGAGCUACCUGAGGCAGAAGCUUCAGGCCCUGGGCCUCCGCUGGGGGCCUGAAGGGGGGUGAGGGCGUGCACAUGGGUUUAGGAUGGCCCCCCCAUUGGGGGAUGGACAGUUUGCACUUUGGCUCCCUCUGCUUUGAUUUGUCAUUAAAGUUCCUUUCCUUCCCCA